AUGGAUGUUGUAUACUUUGACUGGCUGGAUUAUCUCGUAUUCGCCGGGAUGCUGGCGAUGUCAGCUCUGAUCGGGGUCUACUUCGCGUUCUUCGCUAAGAGGAAGCAGAACACGACCUCUGAGUAUCUUAUGGGAGGGAAGACAAUGGGAAUGUUUCCUAUAUCUAUGUCUCUAAUUGCCAGUUAUGUGUCGGGUAUAUCCUUGCUGGGAUUGCCAGCGGAAAUGUACACAUACGGAACCCAGCUGUGGGCAAUAGUACUGUCGGAGUGGAUUGUGUCUGUGACAAUUGCUCUUGUCUACCUACCUGUGUUCUACAAUUUACAGAUUACAUCAACAUAUGAGGGAGGUAUCAAAGCUGUUGUAUGGACAGACACACUUCAGACUAUCCUAAUGUAUUUUGGAGUUGUAUUCGUGCUGGUUUACGGGACCUGUCGUUUAGGAGGCGUCGGGGAAGUCUUAAGGAUCAACGAAGAAGGCGAUCGCUUGGAUUUCUUUAACAUGGACCCAGACCCCACCAUUCGCCACACAUUUUGGACCACCGUCGUUGGCAACUACUUCAGCUGGCUGGCUUCGUGUUCCGUUAACCAGGCAAUGGUUCAGCGUUGUCUUGCCCUAUCGUCGCUGAAGAGAGCACGCAUGUACUAUAUAUUUUAA